CAAUUGUGCCAUAACAGGAAGCCUCAGUCUCUUGUCUUCACCAGAUUGACUUGUGUUUUUGCAAAGCUCUCAAGACACUUUUUCAAGCCAUUUGUUCCAUAAUAUUGACUUUUCCAGAAGUCAAUGUUUUUUGCCGACGCCUUGUCUCUACCUCAGCCUCACUGCCAGACGUUUUGGAUGUGUGACCUCUGCCUGCCCACAGAUUUGUUUUUGCCUCCUACAUGGACUUGUUCUCAUUGAAACUCAGAGAUGUGAGUCCUUCCCAUGCCGUCGGACGAGAUGUGGAGGUGUUCAGACGGCACAGAAGGUUGAUCCAAACUGCAGAAGAAUGGAACUGCCAACCUCAGUUGAAAAAUGGACCAAGGAAGACGUCCACCGGUGGCUGAUGACAGUGGUCAAAGUUCAUGAUACUUAUGCCGACAUAUUCUGUGAAGAGGAAGUGUCUGGAGAUAUUUUAGUAGUCUUUGAAAAAACUGACAUAUUGGACUUGGGAAUACAUCAUGGUCCUGCUGUAAAAAUCUCAACUUAUUUAGAAAGUUUGAAAGAAGGAUCGGAAUAUGAAUCACAGUUCCCAGCAUAUGUGGGAAACUGGACAAAAGAGCAAGUGAACCAGUGGUUACAGCAGCAUGUUAGGGUAUAUAGCAAAUAUGCAGAGCGACUCCAAAAGGAAGAUGUGUCUGGAGAUUGCCUUGUUUGCUUCAAAAAGCAGGAUUUUUUGGAUCUGGAUUUGAAAAAUGGUCCUGCUGUGAAGAUUCUGGCAGAACUUCGUCAGCUGAACAAGAAACCAGAGCCAACACUGCAACCAGUCCUUCACACCAGCACAGACCCAAGAGAAUCUCCAAAAGCCACUCAACCUGAACUCGAUCUGGCUCAGGACAUGGCAAUCAAACAACCAGAUUCAUGUAACGAAAUUGAAUCAAAAACAGACAAAAUGUUAGUAAAGGAAUGUGAAAAGGCUCAGCUGCCAUUCCAAAAGGUUUCAGAGAAAGAGGGAAUCCAGCAGCCACAGGACUUGGGGCCCAGGAGGAAAGGAGCUAUAGUGACAACAGUCACACUAAAGAUCACAGUGGAGAUCCAGAAAACCCUUGAAAACCUUUCAAAAGACGACCUAAAAAGGUUUCAUUUCUACUUAAAAGAAUACACUAAAUCCAAGCAUAAACCUAUUCCUCAAGGUAAACUGGAGGACAAGGACACCAUGGACACCACUACGUUAAUGACUAACUACUAUGGAUGCAAAGAGGCUUUACAGGUCACGAAAGACAUUCUAAAAGAAAUCAAUCAGCAAGAACUCGCUCGUCAGCUGGAAAAGAACAUGUGUCCACUGGAACAGCAGAGUCUUUCAAAAGACGUUUUGAACAAAGAGGUUAACCAGGGUGACAAACUUCAGAAUUUGUUAACUUGUGGUGGGAACUCACUGGACAACUAUGACCAUUUCAUUGUUGUUGUCAACAAAAGCAGUCCAGAACAAGUGCAGUAUCUGAAGUUUUUGAGUAAGCUGAAACCAUUUUGUGUGUUGGACUUUGACCCCAACUCUGUUGCUCCAGGUGGACUGUGUCAUUCCUACAGAGAGUCAAGGGUGGCCAAUCUGCAUACACCAUCACAGUAUCAAGGACGGACUGACUCAGUGAUAAAGACUCUUAACCUCUACAAGCAGACCAGCUGGGUCUUCUGCAAUGGCAGACAUGACCUUGACGGUGACUUAAACAAGGAGUUGGACUAUAAGAACUGGCUGAGGAAAUCUUGCAAUGAUGUAGAGCAAUUGAUUUCAUUCAUUUGCAACCCUGAUGUUCUUUUACGUGGAGGAAGUCUCAUAAUUUUCCUCUUACUUUCACCUGUGGUCACUGAGAAAGACCCAAUCUUUGACAUUUACAAGUCUUUCAUUAAACAAACAAAAGAGGAAAGCAUCAUCAAUAUAUGUGAAUCUCAGGGCAUGUAUGAGAAAUGGCGGGAGCUUGUACAAGAAAAGUGUGACUCUGACAUCGAUCCUCGAUCUAUAUGUGAGCUGACCCUCAGUGAGGUCAAUGGCACUGUAAUGGCACUGGGACCAUUCAAUCAGACAUCUGAAAGGUUGCUUCCCUCUUCUGGUUCUAGUUGUGUUGUUAUAAAGCAGAAGGAUGAAGAUUUAUUGACAGCUCUGGAUAUUUUGUGCCUAAAUCAAUGUGAAAACACAAUUGAUGAAAACAGUUCAGAGUUCCAUGACCACAGAAUCAAAGUUGAGGAGGAAUUCUACAAAGGAGGCAAAGUCAAAUGGUGGAACUUCUACUUUUGUGACAAAGACAAAGAGAAGCCAUUUGUUAAACGGGACAAGUACGAAAAUGUGAAGAAGAUGAUUAGGUCUCAGUUGAAGGAUACAAAAAUGUGUGCUCUACUCAAUCUGUUUCACCAUCCAGGCUGUGGAGGUUCCACUUUAGCAAUGCAUGUGAUGUGGGAUCUCCGUCAAGAGCUCAGGUGUGCUGUGCUGAAAGACCACGCACUGUCAAAGAAAGAAGUCGCUACUCAAGUCAGUACGCUCAUGAAACUUGAAAGUGAAAAAAUAUUUCCAGUUUUGCUGUUGGUCGAUGAUUCAAAAGAAACCAAGAAUCCUCACGAGCUUGUGAACUGCAUACUUAAAGAAGUAGAGGAUGGCCUAAGCAUGAAUGUGGGUGACUCAUCAAACUGCAAAGUCAUCAUCCUGAACUGUGUUCGUUCCCACAGCCCAAAGGAGCAAUUCAAACAGCACAACACUGGACAAAGUCAAUACGUAACUGCUUCAUUGACACCAGAAGAACAGAAGGAGUUUGAAAAGAAACUCAGAGAUCUUCAAGAAACGCAUGAAAAACCUGAGAACUUUUACAGCUUCAUGAUCAUGAAGAGCAAUUUUGACAAAAAAUACAUUGAGGAUCUCGCUCGUAACAUGCUGGAGAAUUUUGAUUCCAGCUCAAAGGAAGCCAGACUGUUUGCCUUCCUAGUGUUACUUAACAACUAUGUGGCAGAAUCUGAAAUAUCUCUCUCUCUCUGUCAAGAUUUUUUGGGGAUGAAAAUGAUCCUUUGGAAGAAGGACAGCAUAAUGGGCAGAAUGGAACCGUAUUCAAACUUUCUCAUCAUUGACACAGUUGAAGACUUGGGAGGAUACAAAGGAAUCCGAAUCCUGCAUCACUCCAUAGCAUCUGCGUGUCUGGAAGAGUUGGAGAGAAGCUGCUCUUUAAGAGCACUGGCGAGAUAUUUGUACAUCAAGGAGAGGGACUUCCCAGAGGCUCUGCAAUGGGCUGAAAAGGCCAAGAACAUCAAACAAAACCCGUUCACAUUUGACACAAUUGGGCAGAUUCACAAAAGCAAUUUAAAAUCUAACAACCCCAGGGGAAAGCAGGAGGCGUCACGCAAUCCAGAAGACUUAAAGACAAACAUUAAAAUUGCAGAUAAUGCUAUCACAGCAUUUAAAAGGGCCCAAGAGCUGGCAAAUGAAGAGGACGAACCUGAGACGGAAGCCGCUGAUGAUGAGUCAGAAGACUAUCCCAGAAAUUCAUAUAAUGUUUAUGGUUAUGUGGGUGUGCUGGAAAUUGCCUUCCUGGUCUUUGAAAUAUUGAGCAAGUUGCCGUUCUUUGAGGAAAGUGACCCAGAGAAAAAGACAUACUUGCAGAGUUUUCUGAAAAAAUCAAUCCCAAUCACCAGUGUGUAUAAAGAGGAAAAUGAAAUCAACAACAGAUAUGCAGAGAUCAUCAAAGAACACGAGCAGUUUCUUCAGAGUUUGAAAACUGAAGUAAAAGACAUUUUUGAACUUCUGGUCUAUUACUUCACGAACAUAAAAGCAAAGAAUUCCGAAUUUGAUUCGAGAAAUCGUCGGAAUAUCAAUACACUUUUUAUAAAGUAUGUAGCUCUUUUUUGCACUACAUCAGAGGAAAUAAAAAAGGAACGACAAGGCAAUCCUAAACUCAAUUUGGAAAUUGAUAUUGUACAACGAAGAUAUUUUCUUGAAGAGAAACAUGCAGAUACAUUUGCAGGAAUUCUUCAGCAUUUGGACAAUCCUGCUGAAGAGAUUGAGAGGAUCACAGAAUGCUAUGCAUUCUUGCAACAACAACAAUGUAUCAACCAAAAUCAAAAGACAAAGGAAACAAUCAACUACAUUUUGUCAAACAUAGUUCUUUACCUUUUGAACCCAAAAUCUAAACAGGUAAAGAGUCACAGAUACCUCUCUGGUCUACUUUUGAAAACUCUCCAAGAAGUAGGACGUUGGUAUUCCUUCCCAGAUCCAUACUACCUGGCUCUGCUGUUACUCUGGCCAAGUCCUAGGCAAGAAGACACAGAAAUUGUAACCUAUGUGAAAGCAAUUCGGAACUCGAAGCUCCUGGUUUUAUCGUUUCGAAAUAGGAGCACCAUUGCCCACCUCUACCUGGGGAAAGAAGAGGGACUCAAGAGGCUGGUUUCUAAACGCCAACUAGAUGAGAAUUUUGAAGGGAUGCGCCGUGACACCUUGGCUCAAAUUUGGCGGAAUGGAGAGAUAUUUAAAAACAAAUCCCGAGUCAGUGGAACCACUGAACAAGGAGAGCUGUUUGCCAAUUAUGGUAAACUGAAAAUCCCUGUGCGUCCAGCCUUCAUUGCUGGUAUAAGAAGUGGUGCAAGCACAGAAAAGGUUUCCUUCUACCUUGGUUUUGCUAUUAAUGGACCUCUGGCAUAUGAUAUCCAGUAUGACAACUAAGGUAUUUGAUUGUACAAACAAAGUGCAUCGGAAGCACAAAGACAGUGUGAAAGAAAUCUGUGAACUCACUGACCGCUCAUAAAAGCACAUGAGCAUGCGAUAUCAGAUAGACUGCUGGGUUAAAUGGUUAAAGUAGCUGAUCUUUUAUUAACAUUUAUUAUCCAUCUUCUUAGGAGUAUUUGUUAUGUUGGUUGUCUUUUCCUGAUGUGGCAUAUUUGCCGAUCUAUUCAUUUAUUUGAAAGUGCAAACCACUGAGGAAUGAACUGUACCUUUUUAAAGAAGUAGGUUGGCAGCCAGUGACUCACUGCGAUGGAACUUUAAAGACACCUCAUAAAAGCACAUGAGCAUGUGAUAUCAGAGAGAUUGAUGGGUUAAAUGAUGAUCCUGUAGCUUUAUAUAUAGAUGUUUUUCUAUGAUUUUCUAUGACAUUUAAUCUCUUAUUUUACUAUUUUUUAGUUUUUGUUGUUUAGAUAUCGUUGUCUCUCUAACUUUGAGAAGUAGGUGUGGCAGCCAGUGACUCACUGCGAUGGAACUUUAAACACACCUCAUAAAAGCACAUUGCAGGGUUAUAUAACAAUCCUGUAGGUCAAUAUAGCUGCACAUGUAAUGUUUUUAUGACAUCUUCUCUUUUAUUAACAUGUAUCAGUUUUUUUUAUGUCUCUUGCCGAUGCAUCACAUUUGCUAAACGUAAGUGGAGCUCAUUGUUGUACAAACAAGUGAAAGGCACUAAACAGUGACAAUUCUUGGUGAUUUUCUCAAAGAAAUAGAGAACCCUGGAGCUCCAAAAUCCCAGUUGAGAACCAUUGCGCUAUCCUCAAUCAUUUAGUAUUUUUGUUUGACUAUCGUAACAUCAUUAUAAAAAUGUUUGAACAAGUUAACGUGAAAUAAAUCUUGUGUGACAAAUGUGA